GUUGGGAUCGUUCAAUAUGGAGAAAAUGUAACCCAUGAAUUUUAUCUCAACACAUAUUCAACCACAGAAGAAGUGCUUGUAGCAGCAGGCAAAAUUAAACAGAGAGAAGGAUUCGAGACCAUGACAGCUCUUGGCAUUGAAACAGCAAGGAAUGAAGCAUUUACAGAAGCUCAUGGGGCCCGCCCAGGGGUACAAAAAGUCAUGGUAGUUGUGACUGAUGGAGAAUCUCAUGACAAUUACCGAUUACAAAAAGUGAUUGAUGAUUGUGAAAAAGACAGUAUACAGAGAUUUUCUAUUGCUAUUCUUGGCUCCUAUAACAGAGGAAAUCGAAACCCUGAGAAAUUAGUGGAGGAAAUCAAAUCCAUUGCAAGCAGGCCAACUGAAAAGCAUUUCUUUAAUGUCUCAAAUGAAGUAGCUCUCCUUACAAUUGUUGAAGCUCUUGGAGAAAGAAUAUUUGCCUUGGAAGCUACCAAUGAUCAACAGGCAGCCUCUUUUGAAAUGGAAAUGUCUCAAGUUGGCUUCAGUGCCCAUUAUUCUCAGGACUGGAUCAUGCUUGGAGCAGUUGGGGCAUAUGACUGGAAUGGGACUGUUGUCAUGUUAAAGGACACAAAAGUAGCUAUUAAAUGCUAUGACUAUAAUGAGUGCUUAUUCUCUGAUUCCUUAGGUUACACAGUCAAUUCAGCUUCAGUACCUGGAGAUCUGCUAUACAUUGCAGGGCAACCUCGUUAUAAUCACACCGGUCAAGUUAUCAUAUAUAGAAUGAAGGACACUGAAAUAGAAAUACUUCAGAAAUUAAGUGGUGAACAGAUCGGAUCGUAUUUUGGAAGUGUUAUCACAACAAUUGAUAUUGAUAAGGAUACAUAUACAGAUCUUCUUCUGGUGGGAGCACCUAUGUACAUGGGGACCGAGAAAGACGAGCAAGGCAAGGUGUACAUUUAUUCUUUGAACCAGAAAACCUUUGAAUAUCAGAUGACACUUGAGCCUGUAAAGCAGACUUGCUGUUUGGUACACAAGGAGAAGGAUUGCACAAAUCACAACAAAAAUGAACCAUGCGGAGCUCGUUUUGGGACAUCAAUUGCUCCCGUAAAGGAUCUCAACCUUGAUGGUUUUAAUGAUAUAGUCAUAGGUGCUCCUCUAGAAGACGAUCAUCGAGGGGCUGUGUAUAUUUAUCAUGGAAAUGGGAAGAGUAUAAAGAAAGAAUAUGCCCAGCGUAUUGCUUCUGGUGGAGAUGGGGAAAAGAUGAAAUUUUUUGGACAGUCAAUACAUGGUGAAAUGGACUUAAAUGGAGAUGGACUUACAGAUGUCACUAUUGGAGGCUUGGGAGGAGCAGCCCUUUUCUGGUCUCGAGAUGUUGCCCAAGUAAAUGCUUCCAUGAAAUUCAUGCCGAACAAAAUUGAUAUUCAGAAGCUAAGCGGUGACAUUCAAAAACAAAAGGUGUAUAUUAACUCCACAAUUUGUUUUGAAGUCAGAUUAAAGUCAAAAGACAUCACAAUUAAUGAAACAGAUAUACAGUACUGGCUUACACUUGAUUCACAAAGAAAGGUGUCUCGAACACUUUUUGCUGAAACAAAUGAACGGAAGAUUCAAAAAAACAUCACAGUUAGAGGUUCAGAAUGUAUUAAGCACAACUUCUACAUGUUGGGCAAGCCUGACUUUCGUGACCCAAUAAAGGUUUUGCUGGAGUUUAAUUUUUCUGAUCCAGAGAGUGGGCCAAUCCUUGAUAGUGAGCUGCCCAAUUCAGUAGUUGAAUAUAUCCAUUUCACAAAAGACUGUGGAAACAAGAACAAAUGUAUCACAGAUCUACAUCUGACUGCUAACGCAACCAUAGGAGGAAACAGUUUAUCUCCAUUCAUCAUCAAAUUGAAUAAUUUGAAAUUCUGGGUCCAAAUGUUGGUCAGAAAUAAAAAAGAUAGUGCUUACAAUACAAGAGUCUAUGUGCAACAUUCUCCAAAUAUUAUUUUUUCUGGAAUUGAGAAAAUACCAAAAGACAGCUGUGAUACAGGGCAUAACAUCACUUGUAAAGUAGGCUAUCCCUUCCUGUCUCCCAAGGAGGAGAUUUUCUUUGAAAUAGCAUUCCAGUUCAAUGUGUCUCACCUCCUGGAAAAUACUAUAAUUCACUUUUCUGUUACAAGUGAUAGCGAUGAACUUGAUGAGACUCUUGGAGAUAACAGAGGAACUAUAUCAAUUCCAGUAAAAUAUGAAAGUGGAUUAAUAUUUAAAAGAGAAUCUAGAUCAUAUCACAUCAUCAUUGCUGCAAAUGAUACAAUACCUGCAGUAAUUAAUUCUACUGACAGAAUUGGAGAAGAAAUUAAUAUAUACUACUUGAUUGAGAAAGGAGAACAUUUCUUACAGCCACAGCUUGCACUGCAAAUCUCAUUUCCAAAGAAUAUUUCAGAUGAAAACCAAAUCCUUUACUUCACCAGGAUAUCAUAUUCAGAGAAUGCAAAAUGCCAAUCCAGCCACCCAAAUGAUUUGUUAAAGAUUGAUAUGGGCAAUCCAUUCACAACAUCAAGAAUACAAGAACCUCUAAAAGAUCCCAACAUAAAUUGUGAUAGAUAUGAUUGUGCAUCCAUUAACUGCACUAUAGCCCCAUCAAAUAUUACUCAUGUGAAUAUUUCAUUCAGACUCUGGAAGCCUACUUUCAUAAAGGCAAAAAUUCACAGUGUAGAACUCAUUGUGACAGCAAGUCUAAGGACUGAAAAUGCAUUAAUGAUCUUGAAGAAAGAAAAUGAAAAAAUAGAGACAAUAAUUCAAGUCUCAAAGGAGCUUCUUCCUGGCCGUGUGCCAUUAUGGGUCAUUCUGCUCAGUGUUUUUGCGGGGCUCCUGAUUCUUACCUUGCUUAUAUUUGCAUUAUGGAAGGCUGGAUUUUUCAACAGGCCCUUAAGGAAGAAAAUGGAGAAAUGAGAAGAAACUCCAGAAAAAAAAACUCUUUUAACAGUUCUGCAAUGAUCUGCCCUCAGGUGGACUUCUGAGAUAUGACUAUAAAUCAAAUCCUUGGUUUAAUGUAGGAAAGGUCACAGAAGUUUUAUUUCAAACAACAUCAUAUGCUGAGCAA